AUGAAGGCAAAUUUGGCAGUGCCUCCCAACCAGGGUAUAUGGCUUGGUUUGGCACCAACAAACAAUGAUUGGACAGAAUGGGGCUGGAUCAACGGAUCUAGUAGUGGCCAAUCUGUGUUCCAAACAUUCCCUCAGCGUUGUCUACAGUAUUGCGCCAACUUUGCAGGCAAUACCAAUCAGGCUACACCAUACAUCUACACCACGAUGGAUGACCCCUAUAACUGGCGUGUGGCCACCGCAUCAAUGACAAUGCUAGUCAUCCUCGAGACUGAGUACAGCACCUUCAUACCAAAGAUAUCAAUGACUGACCCAUACCUAAACACACCUGUCCUCACUGUCUCGGGUCUACCGUUUUCCAGUACCAGUGUUACCUCUUCUCAGCUACUUACGCCGACGAUGACCAGCUACCCAUGCAACAGAGUCAGUCUUCCAAACAACUCGGGUUUCACAUGUGCCUUGCCAACAAUCACAAUAACUGACUAUCUUAAGCCGUUCACAUUCGAGUUGGUUGCCUCCUCGGUAUACUACAACACAACUUAUCGAUUCAACUCACCUUGGGCGAUGGCCAUUAAGUCGGCCAGUCCCAACCUGACCAUCUAUGGAAAGAACUUCCCCAACACGCCCAGCCCAUGUCCCUUCACCGUCGGUUCAGUGCAGUGUAGUGACUAUACCUUCUUACCAUCGAUCGCUGGCUAUCAGAGUAUGGAGAUCUACUUCCCUUCCACUGCACCCACACUAUUGAGUCCCAUUGCCUUCAAUGCCUACCAACAAAAGAGACCCGCAAUCUUACUGGGCGAGCUCUUCUUCUCAUUCUAUGAUCAGCCAAUCACUAUCGAUCAGGUACGCAGCCACUCAUCAUCCAACAACUUGUUGUUGGACACUGGACUCGUGGCAAACAUCGAAUCUCCCCUAGUUAUGUCAUUCAUAUCACAACAGUUCUUUGGAGGUCUACCAUACACUGUUUGGGCUGACAUCAAUGUUACAUCACCAACUUCAUUCAAGUACAAUGGGAAUCUAUUCACACCUCUCAACAGCACUAUCGGUGGCAACACUACAUCUAGAGUGUACCAGUUCGAUUCGGCCUCCAAGUCAUUCAUGGGUGCCAAUCCAGGUGCGACUGCACCCCUGGUCACAGUAUUUGGCAUUGCUAAGCCUGUUGAGGAUCUGUCAAUACCAAAGAUAAGAAUACCAGUCACAGGCCUGACCAACUAUGAUAUACCAAUGAUAUCAAACUAUGCCUCAUUCAAUCCAUCCAUUAGCACCAAUUCACUUGUAGCCAGCCUUGUGUCCCUGUCUCCCAAGAAGCUAGUUGUAAACAUUCCAUCUGGUGGCGGCAGUAAUUAUCCUCAUAGUGUCACACUCUCAGACCUUGAUACCAACCAUGUAAGGACCUUCAUCACCUCAGUCAACUACCUUGAACCCAUAAUAACAAGUGCAGAGUUUGUGUUUCCAGUUGUAUCCAUUCAUGGUACAAACUUCGCCGACCCCAUUUAUAUUCUCCUGAUUGGUGGCCUGGACUACUGUAUCAACAUAAGAGGUACCGAUACACUUUUGACAUGCGACUUUAAAGAUGCGCCUGGCACCAUCACUGGACAGGUCAUGACGCAAGAUCAAAUAUCCAACAAUGUCACAUUCACAACCAGCGACUAUACAUGGGUGAAUAGCAUAUCACCGGCAUACUUGUCACUAGCAGGUGGAACAUUGACAAUCAAUGGCGUGUUCUUGGGAACAUCAGCAGAUAUGCCUGAAGUCAACUUGAUCAAUACCAACUUUUCCGUCAUUCAAUGUCCUAAUGUUCGCGUAGUGACACCAAAUUCUGUGAUCACUUGUGAUGUGCCACCAAUGACAACAGGUACUACAUUUUACUUGAGCGUCAAGCAUGGAUCAUUCCCCUUCAUUGACCACGACCCCAAUUACAAUAUACGUGUACAACUUGGAAUUAUGGAACCCUAUGUAGCAAUGAUUGAUCAAGUUGGAAUGAAGGCCAUUAUUAAGGGUCACUCAUUUGGUUAUUAUUAUGAGACAUGGUCAGUGACAUUGGACAGAGUACCAGUGUUGAACCUGUCAUAUGUCAAUGAUACAUAUUUUACAUUCGACCUGUCCCCAACAAACAAGGCAAAAGGAGUAUUUGGGAUCACUUGGAAUGGUUUGCAACUUGUCAAUAGUUCAGUUAGUUGGGCACCAUGUAUCACAUCAACUUCAUACACUGCCACCUUCAAGGGUGGUGCACAAGUGUUGUUCAUUGAGGAUGCCACCAACACAGACCUAAAGGCAACCAUGAAUGGUUACAAUGUGACUGUGACCAAGACUGCUGCAAACACAAUCUCAUUCGACCUGCCGCCAUUGUGUGGAUAUCAGAUUUUGACACUGGAUAACAUUAAUAUCCCUUACACUGGUAGGAAGAGGGGACAGGGCCAGCAGUUCAAGUAUCCCCCACCUCAAAUAGCAUCUCUGUCGCCUACGACAAAUCAGACAAUGGUACAAGCAGAUGGAUCAUUCUUAACAGGUGUCUUUAUAAAUGGUACCAAACUGAUGCCCAAACUGUACAAUCUCACAUUGACACCGGUGACAUCUCAUGACUCGGACCCAACCUAUGCCUACUUCCUCAUCGACUCGCCCACGUUCCGUUCUGGUUCGGCCUCCAUUGAGCUCUGUGGCAUCGUCUCUGAUCCCAUCUCUGUUCUGAUAAAUCCUAUAGUAUCAACACCUCCAAGACCACCAACCGCAGGUGGACUGGUGACGAUACAUGGCAAGUGGCUGGCACCUGUGUCAUACAAUGGUGAGACGAUACUUUCCUACUUCUUCAACAAUGAUGAGUGUACCAAUGCUAGUGUUGGUAACAACUACAACACUGCCUAUUGUACAUCGCCGCCUGGAACUGGCGCCACAACAUUCAAGAUCAGCAGCAAAGGCAACCAACUGGUCAAUCUGCCAUCAUUCUAUCAUGAGCCAAUCAUCGAGAGCAUAACAUCGACGUACUUUGGCACACCAGGCUUGGUAUCAAUCAUCGGUACCAACUUUGCCAAUGUUGGACUAGCAGUCGCAGUCGGUGGCUCACCCUGUGCCAACCCCAAAGCAGAGGGAGACACAUUGAUCACCUGCACUUACACUUCAGAUGUUAGCACAGCCAACAACACCGAUAGUUUGCCAGUCAAUGUAACAGUUGACAGUUUGGUGGGCAGUGCACAACGAUUCGUAUACAGCAUUGAUAAGUUGGUAUGUUCACAGGGAUGUGUCAAUGGACAAUGUGUUCGUGGCAAGUGUCACUGUGAUAGUUCAUACACUGGUUCCAAUUGUACAUUGCUUCUGGAUAACAAACCUGUUGAGGUGCCAGUAAUCCUGCCAGAGACUACUGUCAUGGGCUCAAACGUAGAUCAUGUAUCUUUCAACAUCAGUGUCAGCACAUUACGGGAGGUGGAUGCUACGACCACUGGCAUCAUCAAGUCAUACAACUUCAAGACCAUCGGAUGGAUCAACAACAGCACCAAUAAUAGCCAAGCCAAUGAUCAUGGUACCACGACUUACAGGUUCAUAGGCACAUUCCCAGAUGAUGCCAACCUGACGAUCACAGUGGACCUGGUUGUGUUUGCCUCGGACCAAGAGUACAACUUUGCCGGCGACCUCAUACCUGCCAAGAGCAACUCUGUCAAGUACAGGGUACAGAUUGAGGGCUGGAAGUUCGCAUCAAAGAACAACAUCCUACAGAUGUUGUUCCUCACUCAAGCUGGCGAGCAAGUUACACCAUGUCGAACACUGUCGUCAGAGUUGGGAGAGAGCACCAGCAACACCAAGAACUCAUUGCGAUCACUCGAGAUAUUCCAAGGCACUGGUAUACUCAACGCAUACUUCUCCGAUCGUCUCAUCGUGGAUGAUCGAGUAGCAUACAGUUUCGUUGAAUUGGUUAAACCAGACGACCCAGCCGCAGCAGCAGCAGCACAGUCAACAACAGAGAAUGGCAACAACGACAAAGUGUUGAAUGUGUUGGUAUCAGUGAACAUACCAUACUUUGAGAGGUAUGGUACCAUUGAUCCAAACUACGAGACAUUGGUCACUGUUGACAAGCUACCAGGUUGUUCAACAAAGAACAAAUGGUUGAUACCUGUUGUGAUUGUAGUGGCGAUCGUUGGUCUUGCCAUUAUAGUACUAUCAGCCUAUAUCAUCAUCAAAAAGAAGAAGUACACCAUUAGACUCAAAGGUAUUGAGCUUAAAGAACGUCUAUCAUCCAAGAACCUAGGUCGUGCGGCAUCCUCAUCAUCCAAUUCACCAAAAGCAUAUCAUAGUUAA